AUGGCGUCUCCGAGUCCGUACACCAAGCGUCGCUCUCCGCCGCCAGUCUCCCCCGCCCAGCCUCGCUCGAAAUCCACCGGAGGAUUCUUCUGUAAGUCUGUUCUCUUCGCUCUGUUUCUCCUCGCCUUGCCGCUGUUCCCUUCCCAGGCUCCCGAUUUCGUCGGCGAGACUGUGCUCACCAGGUUCUGGGAACUGAUUCACCUCCUCUUCGUCGGCAUUGCUGUAGCUUAUGGUUUGUUUAGCCGUAGGAAUGUGGAAUCCGCAGUUGAUUUGAGGAUGACGAGUCGUGUAGAUGAGUCUUCCCUGUCUUAUGUAUCUAGAAUCUUCCAGGUUUCCUCCGUUUUCGACGAAGAGUUAGAGAAUCCCUGUGAUUUUGUUGAUGUGAGGAGUGAGAAUUCGAUUAAUGUGAGCGCUCGAGCUUCUGUAGUGGCUAAUGAGAGAAAAUCUGAGUCUUUUGAUGUUGUUGAAAGCGAAUUGGAAGAAUCGUCUGAGUAUGGUAAAAUCAGUCAAGUCCAAGCUUGGAAUUCCAAGUAUUAUCAGGGAAGAUCUAAGGUUGUGGUUGCUCGACCAGCUUAUGGACUUGAUGGUCACGUCGUGCAUCAGCCAUUAGGCUUGCCGAUUAGGAGUUUAAGGUCAUCUUUGAGAGAGAACGCAGCUCCUGAGGAUGGCUCAUUUGCUGAUAGUUGUGAUGGAACUGUAAAUGAGGCAUUGGCUGAUGAAGAAGUCAUGGCUGCUGCUCCGUCUUCACCUAUUCCAUGGCAUUCUGAAAUGAUGGGAAUGGGUGGUGACAACUAUACUUCAAAUUUCCAGCCUCUAUCUGUUGAUGAAGAAAACCAGUUUGCGAGCGUUAAAUCGAGGUCUUCUGGCUCUAUUGUUUCUUCUUCUUCUUCUUCUUCUUCAUCACAAACUAGUUUUUCAUCUCAUACUCAGAACAGAUUCUCGCCUUCUCGUUCUGUUUCUCAAGAGUCGUUAAACUCGAAUGUGGAGGAAUCGGUUAAGGAAAAGAGUCUUGAGGAUUCGUCACGGUCUAGCUCGCCAUCGCUUUCUCCGUCUCCACCAGCUCCACCGUCGCCUGAGUUACUCACCGAUGAUACGCACAGGCGUGUCUCACAUUCACGGCAUUACAGUGAUAAUUCAUUGCUAGAGAAGGAUGUGAGGAAUGGCUUUGAAGAUGAGAUGGAAGGGAGUAAAGUCAGAGGGAGAAGAAGAGAGUUCGAAACGGGAUCUAAGUCACUUAACUUGACUGCUGAAAGUUCCAGGAGAGGGAACAAGUCUCGCAGAUCUUACCCUCCUGAUUCCAUCCCGUCUCCCGUUAAUGGUGCUGACGAUUCCACAGCUAGAAGACGAGAUCAUCAGCAGAAGAGUGACGAUCGUUUGCUUGAAGACGUUAUCGGGAAAGGAUUGGAGCCUGACCGUAACAAGCUGAGAGUCAAGAAGGGACGGAGUCACGACUCUUUGGAGCUUACAGCGGAAGACGAGAAAUCCAAAUCCAGUGAAUCUUUUCCAGCUCUGGAUCUACUCUUCCAACCAACGGAUGCUACAGCUUCAAGGCGUGUAAUGCGUUCUUCACGAGGUGGCCGUGAGACAUUGCCGGAGAGAGAUGUCACAAGAAACUUAGAGGAAAGAGACCUUUCUAGUAGUAACAAGGAACUGAAAGCAAACAGUCCGAGAUUGGAAGCACAGUCUUGGAGAGCGUCUAGUAAAGUGCCAUUGAGAGGAAAGUCAGUGAGGACGAUAAGAUCUGAUCGACAUGGCAAAGAUCUAAAGACAGAUGGAGAUUCAUCUGAUGACAGAGCAGAAGGUAAAGCAGAAAGCCGCGGAAGAACCAAAAUGAGAAGGCAAUGGCAACAAGAACUAUCAAUUGUGCCACACGAGGAGAAGUUUUCAGAAAGUCGCGCUAAAUCAGAACCAGAAGAGCAUGUUAGGGAAGAGGCAGAGCAACCUCAAGUGACCUUAGAGGAAGAAGAAGAAGAAGGUGGUUGGGAAAGCCAGAGCAAUGCAAGCCAUGACCAUAAUGAGGUUGAUAGAAAAGCCGGAGAGUUCAUAGCCAAAUUCCGAGAACAGAUACGGUUGCAGAAACUGACGUCCGGUGAACAACCUCGAGGAGGAGGAGGAGGCACUGGCAUUAUCAGAAACAGCCAUUUCAGAUGA